AGGAAGGCUCAAGGUGGUGAGACUCAUCAAUCCACCUAAACGAGGUAGCAGGUGAACAGCUGCCGAAACCCUCGCUUAGACAUGGGAUGUGCUCAUGCGAAGGAAGGAAGCGUGGAGGAGUCAAGGAUGUUGUUUGAUCCCGCACAAAAGCUUGGUGCAGAUGCUGAAGCGAAGAUUGAGCAGAUCAAUCUCAAGCAACGCUCCUCUUUUCAUACUUGGCUGGAGAAGAAGAGAGAUGAGAAGCUGACGCCUCCAGAUCGACGAUGCCACGACAGGCACGUCGAGGCCUUGGACAAGUUCUUGACCAAGGUGGAUGGCUCACCAGAGAGGUUCGUUGAGAUUGUGGGCAUUUAUCGUGACAAGUCAGGCAUGAAGGAUGAGGAGGAGAUCGCCGUCAUCCGCCUCUAGGCUGCCGCUUGGGCGGCUGCGGCUUGGUGAUGGGAGAGCCUGACAAAAUCGCUUCGCUCACGCAGCGAUCGCAUGAGACAUAUCGAGCUAAAGAACGAAGAACUGAAGUGGAGA